UAUUGUUCUUCUAUGACUCAUUUUUAAAAAUAACAGUGUUUUUCAUUUAAACAAAAAUUACACUAUUUUCUAAUUUAGCAUAUCAGUGCCUGUUAACUUAAGUUAUCCUAAUUAAAGUGUUACUACAUUGAAGUAAUAAAAUGUUUAAGAAAAAGCAGGACAAACAGAAAAGGAAUAGUGGCCGUGAUCUAUCACAGUUUGGCUUGUUCAAUAUUCCUGACUUGAAUAACCCAAUGGAUAAUGAAGACGAUGAUGAUGGUGACAGUGAUUUAGAGGCUGAAUUGGCAGCUUUAAGUGGUGGUGGUGGUGCUAAGCCAAAGAGACCUCCUAGAAGAAAGCCUAUCUCCCAAGGAAACUUAGAUUCUUUAGUUGCAGAAAGCAUUAAGGAUAUUCCAAGUGAUGAAGAUGUGUCUGAUGUUGACGAUAAUGAUCCUGACUUAUUAAAUGAGCUACAAAAUAUUGCAGGAGAUGAACUAGCCCCAGAGGAAUCAAUUACAGAGAGUAACCCUGAGCCUGAACCAGCUAAACCAACAUCUGACCCCUCAUCUGAUGUGCUCACUCUUUUGGAAAGUAGACUUAAAAUGUAUACAGAGGCUGAAGUUAAUGCAAAAGCAGCAGGUGAAACCAGUAAAGUGAGAAGAUAUGGACGUGCCCAGAAAACACUAAAAGAUUUGAUCAAGCAAGCUAAAUCUGGUCGAGCUAUAAAUAAUGAGGAUAUUCCACCAGAAGUGCAUUUCGUAAAAAGAAACCCGCCACCUACAGAUGGUGAAGAAGCAACUGCUACACCUGCUUCCAGUGACCCCCCAGCUUCUGAAGCUGCAUCAGCAGAUCCACCAGUGCCAGCCAUAACUAAAGAAAUUAAUACUGAAUUGCUGAAUUUGUUAAAUGAUCGUAAAAUGCGUUACAAAAUGGCUGCAUUAAAUUCUAAGAAGUCUGGAGAUACUGAAACUGCAAUGAAAUAUAUUAAAAUUGCUAAACAGUUUGAUACUGUUAUUGCUGCUGUUGAAGCAGGACAACCUGUAGAUUUGUCUGGUAUGCCAGGUCCUCCAGGAGAUGGAAUUGAACAAAAUCAGGUUCAACAAAAUAGUUCAGUAGACCCCCCUGCUGAAGAAGACAAGCCACAAGAACCAGUUCAAGCUCCAGCACUGAUUACAGCAUCUUCAGUUUUAGAAGCAUUAGAACAAAGGUUGGCAGUUUUUAAAGAACAAGAGAACAAAGCUAAACAAGAAGAUAAUCCAAGUAAAGUACGUAGAUAUGGAAGAAUAAUCAAACAGUUUGAACAAGCUAUUAAACUACACAAGGCUGGUAAACCUAUUCCUGUUGAUGAACUUCCUACACCACCAGGUUAUGGACCAAUACCAGUGGGUAAUGGGGCUGAUGCAGCUCCUAAAAGUCAACCAGAACCAACUCCUGCUGAUACACCACCACGCCCUUCAAAACCCAGCCCUCCAAAGACACAGACAGGUGGACAUACGCCCACUUCGAGGGCUGAAAAACAAGUAGUUAUACUCUUGGCCAAACAAAAACAAUUCAAAAUGGCUGCUUUAAAUGCCAAAAGACAAGGUGAACUUGUACAAGCAAUGGAAUAUCUAAAAACAGCGAAAGGAUUUGAUAGAUUAUUGGAUGCAGCUCGAGCAGGUCUACCAGUCGAUUGGUCCUCUAUUCCUGUAUCACCUGAGGCAAAAUCUCAAUUAGAUAAUGAAUAUGAUAUUGUUAUGGCGGACGAGUGUAAUUUGGACGACAGUGCCGACGCAGAUAUUAUGACUAGACUCGAAAACCAACUUUCUAAACAAUUAAAGAUGUGUCUGAGUACUAGAGAUCAUCAUAAAGCUUUGGGUGAUGUAGCUGGCAUGAAUAGGUUUGAAAGAUUAGCUAUCAAUGUUACUAAAGAUCUUGAUGUGGUUAGACUAGCACAUAGAACUCCAGGAGCUAAAGUGCCUCUAUUUCAUUAUGAAAUGAAGGAUUUCUCAAUUAUAAAGAGUUUUACAGAGCUAACUGACAAUGAUUUGGAACUGGUGAUACUUAGGGGAAUAAAUUAUAAUGCCGCCAAUCCAAAAGAUGUCGAUACCUAUGUUAAAUUUAUUUUCCCAUUUCCUCAGGAUACACCAUUUUCUGAUUACACAUCAACUGUAAAAGACACCAAUAAUCCAGAAUACAAUUCUACAUUUAAUAUUCCUAUUCAACGAAAUUCCAGAAAUUGUCAAAGAGUUUUUAAACGUCACGGAAUCAAAUUCGAAGUGUAUUCGAAAGGCAGUUGCGCUAGCAUCUUAUGCGAAUGUUUCAGUGGUUGGUUCAAAAGUGAUUCUCUGAUGGGGACUGUCAAUCUAAAGCUGCAACCAUUGGAGACGCAGUGUGAGAUUCACGAUAGUUUCGAUAUAAUGGAUGGCAGAAAGAAAACUGGAGGAAAAUUAGAAGUGCGCCUACGGUUAAGAAGUCCAAUUGUUGCCCAGGAAAUAGAACAAUUGCAAGAAAAAUGGUUAAUUAUUGAUUCAUAAAAAUUUUUGAUCAAUUUCUACACAAAAGAUUAAUAAUGUUCACCAUAAUAUUCUGAAUAAGCAAGUGCAAAAUUGAAUACUUCGUUAAUAAACAUCCCGGUAUUGGAAUUAAUUUAUUAAAAUAAUUUAAUACGAUCAAAUUAUUUUAUACAGUACUAGUGAUAACUUCCCACAAAAAAAUAAGAUGUUAAGAUAUAAGGUGAAGUGUGUAUUGAAUUAUUUUACGUAUUUAGAUUUUACUAUGACUUACGACUUAUCCAAUAAAUGUAACUGUCAUUAACAUAAAAUAUUGUAUAUUGCCUAUAAUAUGAUAUAUUGUGAUUAGUAGCUUUAAAAACCACAAAAAUUUUAUUAUAUAGAAUAUUACAUAAAGAUGUAUAUUUUGGAGUACUUGUUUGCCUUAGUGUUUCUUUUAACUUGGCGUUGUUAAUAUUGAAUUGGUUUUUAUUAUAAAUAUGUAUUUAGUAAAAAAUAAAUUUAUACUACGUG